AUGGAUGUUAAAUGUCAAGGAUGUCUUAAUAUCACCACUGUUUUCAGUCACGCUCAAACUGCUGUCACUUGUGACUCUUGUUCCACUGUCUUGUGUACCCCAACCGGUGGUAAAGCUAAAUUGACUGAAGGUUGUUCUUUCAGAAGAAAGUAA